CCGGUCCGGUCGAGGGAUACGGCGCUGCCGGAAUAAGAGGCUACAGGAGCGCGGCGGAGUGCAGGGUUCCGGAGGCUCGGGGGAGCCGGUGGGCUGCGGCCCCAUGGACAAGUACAAAGCUCUCGAGCAGCUGCUCACAGAACUAGAAGAUUUUCUGCGGAUCCUGGACAAGGAGAGCUUGAGCAGCACUGCCGUCCUCAAGAAGAGCUUCCUCUCUGACCUCCUGCGCGUCUACACCAAGUCCACUGGUGGCGAUGAGGAAUAUAUUUAUAUGAACAAAGUGACCAUCCAUAAGCAGCAGGGUGACCAGGAGAAGCAAGACAAAGUGUUGGAUCAGAAGAACUCCUUGACCAAUGGAGACUUGGGACUGCAUUCAUCCCCUCCUCAGAAGAGCCUGCCGGACCUCCCCCCUCCAAAGAUUCCUGAAGCAAAACAACCUCCGGUGCCCAAGAUCGAAUCACCAGAAGGAUACUACGAGGAGGCUGAGCCAUACGAUGUCUCUGUAAAUGAAGAUGGUGAAGCUGUUAGUAGCUCCUAUGAAUCCUACGAUGAAGAAGAGAGCAGCAAAGGCAAGUCAGCAACCCACCAGUGGCCAUCCACAGAGGCCACCAUUGAGCUGAUGAAGGAUGCCCGCAUCUGUGCGUUCCUGUGGAGGAAGAAGUGGCUAGGACAGUGGGCAAAACAGCUGUGUGUUAUCAAGGACACCAGGCUGCUGUGCUACAAGAGCUCUAAAGACCACAGCCCUCAGCUGGACGUGAAUUUGCUGGGCUGCACUGUCAUUCACAAGGAAAAGCAAGUGAGGAAGAAAGAACACAAGCUGAAGAUCAUCCCUAUGAAUGCAGACGUCAUUGUGCUGGGGCUGCAGAGUAAAGACCAGGCAGAGCAGUGGCUCAGGGUAAUCCAGGAGACCAGCGUUCUGCUGUGUGAAGGAGGCAGCGAAGGCAACCAGUACAUCCCAGAUUCACAGAGGCUCUGUUACCCAAAGGUGGAGGUGUCUGAGAGGUACUCUGCAGCCUCCGAGAGCGGGAGCAGCACCGACGGACACCCGGAGACAGCCGAGACAAAAGAUGUUAAAAAGAAGGGCACAUCUGGCCUGAAACUGAGCAACCUCAUGAACCUCGGGAGGAAGAAAUCCAGCUCCCUGGAUAGCCCAGAGAGAUCCCUGGAGACUUCAAGUUACCUGAAUGUGCUAGUGAACAGCCAGUGGAAGUCCCGUUGGUGUCAGAUAAAAGAUGGUCACCUCCAUUUCUACCAGGACAAGAACAGGAGCAAAUUGGCCCAGCAGCCCCUGAGCCUGGCAGGUUGUGAAAUUAUCCCCGAGCCAAGCCCUGACCAUCUCUACUCCUUCCGCAUCCUGCACAACGGGGAAGAACGGGUCAUUCUGGAGGCCAAGUCCUCGGAGGAAAUGGGUCACUGGCUGGGCCUCCUCUUGUCGGAGUCAGGUUCAAAAACAGACCCAGAGGAAUUCACCUAUGAUUAUGUGGAUGCUGACAGGGUUUCCUGCAUCGUGAGCGCCGCAAAGAACUCCUUCUUCUUAAUGCAGAGGAAGUACUCUGAGCCCAAUGCCUAUAUUGACAACCUGCCGAAGGGCAAGGUGCAGCAGGAGGAGCUGUAUGAUGAUGUGGAUCUGCCAGACCUACCUGUGGAAGAAGUACCCAAGAAUGAGAGCAAAGCAGAGGUGGACCAAGACAGAGUAUACCUGGAUCUCACCCCAAUGAAGUCCUUCCUGCACUGUGCUGGCAAGAUGUCAUGCCAGCCUUCACCCCUCAGCUCACCAUCUCUAGAAAGGGCUGCCAGCAAGGCUGCAGCAGAGAGCACGGCAGAGCCAGCCCUUGUGCCUAAGGAAGCCGAGCCCUGUAGUAAGGAGGUGGAGACCUCGGAGCAGAAACAAGCAGAGAAGCCAGAGCCUGAUGAGGCACUGCUACGGAUGCCUGCUGUUAAGAUCCAGACACAGCAGCAGAACAUUGCAUUCCCCCAGCCAGCCCCCGAGGUGCCGCUGGGCACAGGGACAGUGGGCAGCCCUCAGCUGGUACCCACACACCGGCCCAAGAUGCCGCUGCCGGCAUCAGCAGUGGAAACCAAGCUGGGCAAGAACAGGACAGAAGCGGAGGUGAAGCGGUUUACAGAGGAGAAGGAGCGGCUGGAGAAGGAGAAGGAUGAAAUACGGGCUCAGCUCACCCAGCUGCGCAAGGAGAGGCGGGAGCUGAAGGAAAUGCUUGGGGGUAACACAGACAAGAGCCUGGAGCAGCGGCUGAAGGAGAUAGAAGAAGAAUGCAAAAGGAAGGAGAGCCGGAGGGUGGACCUGGAGCUGAGCCUGGUGGAAGUGAAGGAGAACCUGAAGAAGGCUGAGUCUGGCCCCGUGACAUUGGGCACUGCAGUGGAUACCACACACCUGGAGAGUGCAGCCCCCCGGAUUCAGGCAAAAAGUGCCAGUCCAGCAAACAGCGCAGACAACUCACCAGUCAAUUCAGCAACGGCCUUAAAAAACAGGCCUUUAUCUGUCAUGGUGACAGGGAAGGGAACAGUCCUACAGAAAGCUAAGGAAUGGGAGAAGAAGGGAGCUAGUUAGAAGCACAUCUUUUUAGAUGGACUAAAGACUGGAAUUGCCCAUUCCUGGCCAAGGGGAUUCAAUCAUCUUUAGGUGGAGGUUGAGUUGUGCAAGACAACCACACACCAAGCACCUCCUCCGUGUCACACCAACUGCUCAGCGCAGCAACGGAGCCAACCGCUGCCCAUAUGAGUUAUCCCAAGUGAUCUUGCUCUUUCCAGACAAGUCCCAAUCACGUAGCUAAAACAAUAACAACCAGUGGCAAUCCUUGCAUCACGUUCCUAACCCAGUUGAUGUAUACAAGAAUGUUACUGUACAUAGCGGUAUGUUUUGUGUAUUUCUACUCUGAAGGGUUAUCAAUGAGUCAUUAAGGUUUCUAUAUUAGUGGCAGUAGUGGGUUCAGAAGGGGCCUCUGCUAUUCUUUAUACCCUGGUGGUUUUCAACCUGUCAUGACAAACUGCAGUCAGAUAAAGUCUCUGUCUUGCUGCCAGUCAUCACUCAGUUGCAUUUCAUCCAGCCUUCAGUCAAUGGCAGUAACCACACCUGAGUGAUGCUCAAGACAUGAAUGAGAGGCACACAGCAGCCUGUCCAGGGCAUUCCUAAUUGGUGUCCUGGUUCACCCCAGCAUGUGUUCACUGCUACCAGCCUGCUCCAGCUUUGCCAGAGUGUCAAGGAAGAUCCCUGCUCACCUUCUCGUGCUGUAAGAUGUGGUACAGACUGGUGGCACCAAGAGCUCUGGGCAAUGGAGGUCUGCAAGCAGAUUCAGUUAAUUCUCUUUCACCUUAGGAGCUUGUUCUGGAAAAGAAAUCCUAUUUGAAGGUUGGUUAAUAAUUCACCAGAGGCCCAGGCCUGCUCAGCUGUUGUAUGGGAAGCUGGAUCCCUGUGUGUGUCUCUCUCAGGGCUUGCCCUUUCCCAGGGGAGGGGAGGUAAAGCAGUCCCCAUGCUCCUGCGCCAGCUAUGAGCCCCAUUUUACUGAUGCUCUCUGCUUUCCAGAGUCACAGACGUACAAUCUGCUUUUGAAGACACAGGGAUGUCUUCAGGAGCCCCUCCAUGCAGGCAGGGCUGACCAGCCUGGCCUGUUUGGCUCUGGGGGUGGGCUGCUGGCCAUAUUGGUGCUGUCACCCUGAUUUCCAGCUUAUUUAACUUCAUAUAUAGCCUUUGGGCCCUGGCCCACAAAUCCCACUCAUCUCUGCCCUGGCCAAGGUUUCUAAUGAAAGACGUUGGACAUUUGGGACUGCUAAACUUAGAGACGUUGGAAGCUGAAGGAGAAUAGAGAGGCUGUCAGAAACCCAUGCACCCUCUCCUCUCACUAACCUGCUAUCAUGUCUGAUGGCUUGGGGACACCUCUUGGUGUCUCCUCUCAUGGCUCCAGCCCUGAGUCCCAGACUCAAUAACUGAGUUGAUGGUUCUGGGGCUGAAGCUGUUUUCUAACCCUGCAAAGCUAAAGCAGCACCAGUACCCACCAGUACCCUGGCUUGGUUGCUCUGGGGUCCUGCAGCUACACCAGCACGCAGCACCCAGAGCUAGGGUAAAGGCAGACAGGCAAAAUGCUGUACUUUCCUAAGCCUUGAAACCCUUUGUCAGGCCCAAGAUCACUUCUAAAGUGAUACAGCCCAGAGGGUCUGCAGGGCAGCAGCCCCAAGCUGGUGGUGGCACUGGGCUGAAUGAGGAUGUGCUGACCAGGGGCUCUGGGCUUGCUUGCCCCUGCCAUGGGGCUGAGGUGCAAUGAAGCACUUGGUCAGGGUAUCCUGAAGGCCAUAAGGGUGACCUCACUCCUGUUGCUUCUUAUUUUGAACACUCUGCUGUGGUGCAGAUGGAGGAAUGGCUAAUCCCAGCCCUCGGAGCAGUACAUCAAUCACCCUUCUCCCUGUGCAAGGUUUGCCCAUAGGAAAAACUCAUGCAAACAAACCACUGAACCUUCUAGUUCAGGACCCAGGGGGGCUUCCCUCACCAAAGCACAGAUGGAGGCCAUGGACACCAUGAAGCUUUUGUUUUGACCCAUGAUGAGCUGGCAGGAGAUCUCUCUAUACCCUAAGUGUCAGUGUAGUGCCAUGCCCUCACCAUCCACCCCGCUGUCAUCCUCCAGAGGUUGUCCAGACAUUUCACAGUGGUACUGAGACAGCGAUGGAUGAGAGCAGCUCUGCUUUCCCCACCACAGCCCAGUCAGCAUCAGUGGUCCUGCUGGGACGUCUCCAUUAGAGGAAGUAAGCAUAGGCAAGUCCUGAGCAGCACACGUUCCCCAAACAAGAAACAUAAAACAAUUCCUCUGCGUCCCCAUUGUUUUCCUAACUCAAGGCAUUUCCUUUGUUGUAACUGUGACCUAUAAAGUGGCGCUUUAGAGGGUUUUAUAAUAAAAUGAUGAGCAUAUUAUGUUA